GAAAUCCGCCAAAACCAAAAACGUGAUCGGUUCCCCGGUGGAGGCAUUUUGUAUAAGAAAAAGCAUACAACCGUUGUUUCACUUGUUUGUGGUGCGUUUGGACAUUCGGAGCUUGUGGACUUCGGGAGAGCGAGGAAGAAGAAGAAGGCCAAUUUCCCAAGCAAACACUACAAACAAAGAGAGAAAUGGAAGCCAGUGAAUACGAAACACGAUCAGUGUCUUCGUUUCUAGAGCGAUUUUUGCUUCGAACUAAUAGAAACAGAGUUAUGAACUGCUUAAUCGAAUCAGUCGAACGAGUAGGGGCAGAGCUUCUCAUCGAUUCUCGAUUUGUUUAAGUGCUUUUUGAUUAAGUUGAUUAGUAGCAGAGAGAGAGAGAGGGAGAGCGGGCUUAGUGUUCAGUGAUGGCAUUGUCUUCGACCGAUCCACCGAUUAAACGAAGAGCGGGAUUGCGGAUUAAGCAGGCGGGUCGGGCUUCGUACCAGGGCAGCUAGAUAAGGUGUUUGUUGGUUUUGUGUGCUUUUUUUGGAAGUGAUUAUUGAUUUUGUUACUACUAGUUGUAUUUGAGAGACUUUUGAGGAAGUUGAGAAGAUAAUGGGGACUACUGCUCUGAGGCAGUUGCUGAAGAGCCUCUGCAGCAAUUCGCAUUGGAAUUAUUCAGUGUUUUGGAAGCUUAAGCACCAGAGUGAUUUGAUAUUGUCUUGGGAGGAUGGGUACUGUCAUCACCCAAAUCCAAGAGAAACUGUGGAACAUUCAUCGGAUGACAUCUACUUCAGCGACGCAAAUCAGAUGCAUUUUAAGGAUUUUGCAACAAGUAUCCAUGAUGGUGGAUCUGCAGGAUAUCCAAUUGCACUGUCUGUGGCUGAUAUGGAACAUCUUCAGUACACAUUUGGAAAAGGGGUUGUUGGUGAGGUGGCAUGUACAGGGAGCUUUACCUGGGUUUUCCUUGACAAUCUAUGCACCAGAGAGUCUGAUUUAGUUCCUCAGUGUCCAGAUGAAUGGCUACUUCAGUUUGCAUUGGGUAUCAAGACAAUUUUGCUUGUACCUGUACUUCCAUAUGGAGUUCUGCAACUUGGCUCCUUGGAGAUGGUUGCUGAAGAUCCGGCAGUGGUUGCUUUUGUGAAAGAUAGAUUCAAUGCCAUUCACAAUGUUGAGGGGAAAACUGUACCUUUUAACUUAAACAAAGACAUUGAAGCUCGAUCAUCAUGGUCACAAUCAUUUAGUUUAAUGCAGAACACAUUUGAGCCGUCAGCUAUUACCGUGAAUCCACUCAAAGUUGAAAGGUCAGAAGAUGUUGAUAACAUCGGACUGAAUGAUAACUUAUUGUCGACCUUCGGGCAAUUUUUGCAAUUGCCAACUGCUGAGGAUGCACUUCUAGAGACCGGAACAGAUGAGCCAGAAGUUCUUAAGAGUACAGGCGAAAGUGUGAUUGCUGUUCCGCCAACUUUUCACCGUGGAGAAUCAAGUCCACUCAGUCAGUCGAUAGAUACCAGCUUGCUGGGUAUGAUGGAAAGUCAGAUGUUUGGGCUGUCUAGUCUAGAGGAAGAACUUCUAGCCUAUUCUCAAUUUGAUGGCUAUGGUUUGGAAGUGUUUGGAGAAUCCCUGAGCGGUUUCAAUUCUUACUCUGUUGGAGGUGUAGCAGAACCGUUCGAAGACGUUAAUGCUAAAGAUACUAGUUACAACACGGUGAAUAAUUUCUUUAGCUUUCCUGAAAAUUGUGAACUACACAAAGCACUUGGAACACCUUUGCAGAGGCAGACAGAUGAACAUAUAUGGGACCCAUCUAUCGGCAUUGAUGAUACAUGUAGGAGCUCGAGUUUGCAGAAAGAUCUCGCUACCUGUAUUGAACCAUCAUGGUUUUCCAAAGGAAGUGAUGCUGAGAACCUCUCGAAAGCUUUUGUAGCCAAAGACGAAGGGUCGUCUAGCAGAUCAGAGAAUAUUGAAUCAUCUAUUACCUCAUCAAGUCAAUUUCCUGCUUCUUUCAAACAAUUGAAAUUUGAAGCGAGUGCCCCAGUUGGAAGUGAUUCAACAACAUGGAACCAUACAUCUACUUUACCUGUCAGGGGUGAGAUUUCAGCUUCUUUCACAGGCACGAUAAGCACUUUGGUUGACGAAGAGCAGAAGGAGAAAGGGUACAAGUCUACAAAGUCUAAAAAGGAACAAAAGUUGUCUGGUGGCACUGCAAGAAAGACCAGGCUUGGCAAUAUCCCGAAGCUAAGACCAAGAGAUAGACAACUGAUUCAGGAUCGUAUGAAAGAGCUACGGGACCUUGUCCCAAAUGGUGCUAAGCGCAGCAUGGACGGCCUUUUAGACCGAACCGUUAAACACAUGCAGUUUUUAAGAAACAUGACUGACCAAGCUGAAAAACUGAGGUGCUACACACCACAAGAGGCACCUCAUUCCAAUAACACGAGCGAAGCCACAAGUGGCUGCGAAAGUGGGACAAGCAGGGCUUUCGAAGUUGGAAGUGGACUCCAGAUUUGCCCCAUUGUGGUAGAAGAUCUUGAACACCCAGGACACAUGCUUAUAGAGAUGGUAUGUGAUGAACACGGACUUUUCUUAGACAUAGCCCAAGCAAUCCGACAACAAGAGCUGACUAUCUUGAAGGGUGUGAUUGAAACUCGCUCAAGCAACAUGUGGGCACAUUUUGUUGUCGAGGCACCAAGGGGUUUUCACAGAAUGGAUGUGUUUUGGCCACUCCUGCAUCUUCUGCAACGCAGGAGAAGUUCAAUAUCAAGCAGGAUCUGAUGCGCCUCCAUCUAUAUCCAAGAAAGGGCAAGCCGCCGGGUAUUGUGCGUCAAAACUAGGUGACGAUGGCGAGACCUAGGAAGCGUCACAAUCACAUCCUCAUCAGAGCAAGACUAAAUUAUCAGUACAACUACUUUAACUGUUUGUGUACAAACUUAAGAUUUCUCUGCAAUUUGAAAUAAAAAUUAGCUUCUAAAAACUGGAAAGAAUGGAAUACAUGCCUAAACGGCUCCGCGAAUGUGCGCAAUGAAAUAAUGUACACCAUGAUACAAGCCUAAGUAUGCAUCCAAGAACACAGACUAGUUGAAGA